AUGGUCGGCUUUGCUGGUGAGGGGCAGCCCGCCUCGGCCUGCGUCGCUGCGGAUUGCGGACCGCGGGUUCUUUUCCACACCGCCCCUGGUCACUUAUCUUAUCUCGGUGGACUCGGUCAAGGGACGGUGAAGGAUUCGCUUCACCGUGGUGAAUGUGUUGAUGCCUUCUUCAUCCAGCACCGCGAAAUAGGAAGGACUCGAGAAGGGAAAGAACCACCGGUAGCAAAAUUAGACUGUACAGUGAGCCGAUCCAGAGCCAGUCGCGGCAACCUUCCUCAUGCCCCAACUUCUACCUUACCGAAAGACGGUCUUGCAACUUCUAACAUUAUCUUUCAGAUCCCUCUUGGUAAUUCUUCGAACGUCGGUCGAACCUUCCAUGUCUCUCUCGAAACCUUUGAGAUUCCUUGUCUCUUCGGGACUUCGAAGGCAAUUCCCAGUUACAACAGGUAUUUAACCACACCGAUACUCUCAGCCUCACUUCCCCAGACAACUUCAACCCAACCACUUCGUCAACUUAAGUACCUUUCCCCAAAUUCCUCCAAGUUCAACAUUCUCUUCUUCUUCUUACUCUUCAUUCAACCAUACUACCUUUCAUAUUCCUCAUCAUCGUCAGCAUCUGGCAUCGCACCUUGGGGUCUUAGGCGAGCCAAUUCUACGUCAUCUUUCUGA